UCAUGAAAAUAGGUUCAUUGUAGGCCUAAGUAAGAGGUAGAAUAAAAAUGCGCAUUUGUGUAGUUACUGUGUAGUCGUUCAGUCACAGUGACGCCUGUAGUCUAGACUUACCUUACAAAAAAACUUCACAACAUUGCACAUCAAUAAAUCAUAGAGAUGACUUUCUUAGUAGCUUUUGUGAUAAUAAAAAAAAAUGCCAAGGUUUUACAACAGUUUCUUCGCAGUAUGUCUAGACAGCUUGCUUUUAUCAAAAUGGCACAAGCUGGGGAUAGGAAGAUUUCUGUGAUAAUAAACACGAGGCCCUUGACGACGGUCACUGUGGCUUCUGUGAUAAAGACCAAGGAAGUUGUCCAUUCGCUGAACCGGAUAUCCGUGACGGAAGGUGAGUGGAUUCUCGUGUUCCGAGGACAGGCCUUUAACAAUGUGUCGCUCUACUCCACCUACAUAAACACCGCCUACGUCAGCGAUGGAGACUUGGGUGCGCUGGACCUCUCCUCCAUUUCGAAAACCGGCGACAACUCUUCUGCGCACUUCCGGUCAAGAUGGCUAAAUACCUGGCCCUCAAACAUCACUCAGGUCAAACUGGAGCUCUACGACACGGGGAAAACUGUGAUGACGAUGCUGUUCAAUGCCACGGGCAGUAACUACAAUAACUGGUUCACGAUUGACAGACUAGUUCAGUCCCCUUACAAUGACAUCUCAAACGCAGCAAACUUCUCUACCAACGGAGAAAGCGGAAACAGACGCAGGUUCCUUGUGACCAAAACUCUGGACAUCUGUUCAUCCGCAACCGUCUGGUUCAUGGUGGAAGACAGAAAGAAUUCCAUCUGUUUGUGGUCAUCAGGGACGUACACCAGCUCCGCUCCAGUUUUCACAUACAGCAAAGAAGCGAAUGGUACUCUGAUGAGCAACAAGAAUUUCGGAAUCGCCAACGUUCUAGCUAUUUUUAUCAAGUUUUAAAGCUAAGUGUAGGCAUAUCUUCAUUAUUAAGAAUAAAAAUUGUAAUACACAAAUAAAUUAGCAUAUUUUACAGCUUGAU